UUGUUUUGUUUUUUCAAAAAAGGGAUUUUUGUUUUAUUUUUUAAGAUGUGAACCAACCUUUGUCGACUUUGGUUAAUUCAGACUAUUUGUUUUUUGUUUUUUUUUAUUACACUGGAAUUCUCUGUAGUGUAACUCGCCCGCGCGCCCGCUGGCACCGCAGCUUAUAAUAAUAAUUAAAAAAAAAAAAAAAAAAACUGAAACAACGCGCGUCUCCGCUGCGCGUCCCCGACAGCACUUUCAGUAUUGCACUUUCGCAGUCUACCGUCCCUUCGAUUCUGCCACCCGGGCUGCAAAGAUGACCAUCAACACGCUGACGAAAGGAGGCUGGCACCGAGAGCAGAUGCCAUGUUUUCGAAAGAUGGAGAAGGUGAUCAUAGCCAUGCAGGAUCCUGACAUGGGCAUGAAGAUGAGAAACCAACGGCUCCUCAUCACCGUCAUACCUCACGCCAUGACCGGUCGUGAUAUCGUCGACUGGUUGAUCCAUAAUUACUCCUUGUGCGAGGAAGAAGCUCUGCAUCUUGGUAAAAUGCUGGUGAGAUACGGCUACAUCUACCCUCUCAAGGAACCGAGGUCUCUUGUACUGCGUGCUGAUGAGUCACCGUACCGCUUCCAGACUCCUUACUUCUGGACCAGCAGCCGGUGGCCUGCAUCAGAGAUAGACUAUGCAAUCUACUUGGCCAAAAAGAACAUAAGAAAACAGGGAGAACUGAUGGAAUACGAAAAGUGUUUUUUUUUGUUUCCAAAUGUAUUUGUUAAAUUGUAUAUCUUUGAAUACGCUUUUCAGCCUGGAGCUCAUAACGUCUUGGACAUGGGUCUGGAGAAACCAAAUAACUUCAGUUUUCGAGUUACACUGAACAGUGACUAUUUCAAAAGAGAGAUUGAAUAUUGCAGAAGAGCGCUGGGAAGAAACCGUGUAAAGUCUUCCAUCUGCUUGGAGGGUUUCGUGAAAUACAGCGAGCAGUACCAGGACCACGAUCCCAUUAUGCAAGGCUGCCUUCCCAGUAACCCCUGGAUCUCGGACGACCCGUCACACUGGACCAUGAAUGCAGACAUAGUUCUCACCCCGACGCGUCUCCGGGUGGAGCGCUGGAGCUUCAGCUUCCGGGAGCUUCUCAACGACGUCAUGGGGAGAAGGGAGUUCAUGACCUACCUGGAGAAAGAGUUCAGUGCGGAGAAUCUGUGUUUCUGGCAGGCCUGUGAGAACAUCAGACACGGAGAAAGUUCAAAGAUAGUGGAGAAAGUGGAAGAAAUCUACAAAACAUUCCUGGCACCUGGAGCAGCUCGUUGGGUGAACAUUGACAGUAAGACCAUGGACAUUACCCUGGCUGGGAUCAAACACCCGCAUCGUUUUGUUAUGGAUGACGCACAGACGCACAUUUACUUCCUCAUGAAAAAGGACUCAUACCCGCGAUAUCUGAAGUCCGACUUAUACAAGAACAUGUUGGUGAAAGCUAUCGUCCCACAGGAGACUAAGAAAAGCGUGUUUCCCUUCUUGAGACGCCAGCGUCACGCCAGCCCAUCCCCUGCUCAGGCCUCUGUUCAGGUUUUGGAGGACAGAGGGCGAGCACAGGGAGCGGGGCAGGCGAGUAGCAACGCCGCCGCCGGCUUCCAGGCCUGAUCGUCCUCGGGUUUUUUUUUUCACAUUACGUCUCAACUGCGGUAAAGCUGUAGCAUUCACCUCGGUCUAGAAUAUCCAUACAGAGCUUCCUCCCAGACACAGCACUUCUCGGCAUUGUUGUCAGAGAACAGAGAACAGCUUUUAGAUCUAAGGUUAGUACUGCAAACUCACCCUGUGUCUAGUGUCCAUCCCAUACAGUAUCAACCCUUCUAGUUCAUUGAUAUUAUAUACAUUGACUCCUAAAAAAAUUAAAAAAAAAACAUAUCUUCCUCUCUGACUUUAUUGCUAUUGAUAAACAGUAAAGUCGUCACAAGCGGCUCUUAGGUAUUUAUAGAGGAUAGUUAUGUAUAGUAUUACAGUGAAAUGAUACAAAUGAUUCACGUUCAGGAUAUGUUUGAAAAAUAAUAUUUCAUUAAAUAUGAAUAGAUAGUAAUAUUAAUAAUAUCUAAUGUACUUUUUUGCAUGAAAACAAAGGAGGAAAAACAUGGACUUACUCUUGUUUAUAGAUAAUUAGGUUAUGGUUGCACUGGUCCGGCCCACUCGACAUCUAAUUUGGGUUGUAUGCAGCCAGUGAAUUCAAAUGAGUUUGACACCGAUGAAACCGGGACGAAAGUUGCCCGCUUGAUGAAUUCUGAGAAAAAAAAAAAUACACAAACACUUUAACACAUUAAAAAUGGCAAUUUCUCUAC